GGCGGAGGUUUUCCUGUGAGAUCAGCCUAUGAGCUGGGGGCGGAGAUUCUUCUUGUACUGUUGCGGGGUGCUGCGGCAGUAGUUUCGGGGUACCACCAAGGAAGAAAAGGAAGAGAGACGUGCUUGGGCGGGUGUGGCAGCAACAGGAGACUGAGACAGCAGUUGAUGCGGGCUGGCCACAUUACUGUCAGUUGCAUUGCACCAUAGGAGGAAUAUCCACCUGGACAGUCCUGUUCUCUAUUUGGUUUCCUUGGAGAAUAGGCCAGAUUUUUCCACCACUGUUGGUUCAAGAUUAGAGCUCCUAGAAGAGGAGGAGGGAGGCGUUGCGAGAAGAGGUGCAGUUUGAACAUCCUAGCAUCAUCCUCUGCUUUGGGAGCCCAGGAAAGGUUGGAUGUUGGUGCUCAACAGGAACUUCUUGAGCACCUUGUAAAGGGGAGAAAGGGACUUCCGGCAACUAAGAGCUAGUGUUUGACUUGAUAGAAUGAAAUACAGCCUUAAAGACUCCAAGAAGCUUCCCGAAGCCAAUCUACUUACUGACCAUUUCCCACAUUGCCUUGCUUCAUUCAAGAUUACAGCGAUGGGAGGCAUUCAAACACUGAACGUGAUAUAUUCAGAUAUUUGCCUGCUGCCUUUUCCUGUCAUCACCUCACCUGACGCUGCCCUUCUGCAUUUGAGGUGCCUAGGUGGUCUGUCUGCAUCCCAGCUUCAGAGCUUAGUUGUGUGCUCACAGGGCAAUGAGGGUCAAGAGACUUGCCCAGUGUCACACAACUAAACGCCCAUAGGUGCCGACUGAGGGUGUCCUUUUCCAGCAGCUAGCCUAUAUAAUUCGACAAACAGAACUGUGGCAGGGCAAGUGGAAGGAAACCGGUCUGAGCAACUAACAACACCCUUGGUUGGAGUCAAGAUGAUGGAUUAGGGGCAGACACUCAGCUGAACUCUCCCAACAUUCCUUUCCAAACAACUUUAAAAUAACACUUCACAUCAAGUUUUGGAGUGGCAGAACCAACAAAAAGGUUGGGGUGAGACAUUUUUCUGGCAUAAGGAAACUUAAGAGGUCAGCAAGAGGACUCUGUAACAUAGGGGUGUAGAGGCCUGACCAGAGCUGGUCCAACAGUGGCUGCAGUAGCAGCAGAUUUGGGAGCUCUCAGCUCAGAAACGGUAAGGGUGGUUGUAUAAGUGGUCAGAAAGAGAUUAUUAUAGACCCUUUGCUGGUACAGGUACAGCUGGUGCUGAUUGACAACUCUAGCCCAUAAGCAGUUCUGGAUUGCAGUUCCAGGGAAGAGAGGAGUGCUAGUGGUUAGAACAAGGAAGCAGAGGCCCUGGUCAAAAUUCCAAAGCAAAGAAGAGGAUUAGCAAUUGUGGCUGCAGAGUACUAGGGGCCCUUCUAGAGUAGACUAGAGUGUAUAAUAGGAGAGCAGUGACCACACUUCUCCCAGGAUUAUACUACCUUGGAAACACCAAAAACUUUCUGACUCUGAGAAAUUACCCUGAAAACAGCAGCAAGAAAAAACCUAAAGCAAGUUGACAGUGCCUCCCCACCCCCAGGUGAGUAGAGCCUAACUUUCACAUCAAGUUCAAAGUCAAGAAAUAGGCUGCGAAAAUGAGCAAACAAAAAAAGAAUAUGUCAGGAAAAGGCUAUUACAAUGGCAGGGAUGACCAAGACAGCUCAGAAGCUUCAGGCAAAUCAAAGAAAAAUGCCAAUUGGUCCCAGGGCCAGCAAGAAAUACUGGAAGAGUUAAAGAAAGAGAUAAGAGUAGUAGAGGAAAAAUUGGGAAGAGAAAUGAGAGUGAUGCAAGAAAACUAUGAAAAGAAGAUUACCACCUUGGCAAAACAGGCCCAAAAAAAUACUGAAGAAAAUAACACCUUAAAAAACAAAAUUGGCCAAAUGGCCAAAGAGGCAUGCAAAUCCACUGAAGAGAAGAACUCCUUAAAAACAAGAGUUGGCCAGAUGGAAAAGGAUGUGCAAAAAUUCAGCGAAGAAAAGAACUUCCUGAGAAGCAGAAUUGGCCAAAUGGAAAAAGAGGUCCAAAGUCUCACUGAAGAAAAAAAUUCCUUAAAAAUGAGAAUGGGGCAAGUGGAAGCUAAUGACAACAUGAGACAUCAAGAAACGGUGAGACAGAAUCGAAAGAAUGAUAGAAUAGAAGAAAAUUUGAAAUUUCUCAUGGGAAAAACAAAUGACCUGGAAAAUAGAUCGAGGAGAGAUCAUUUAAGAAUUAUUGGAUUACCUGAAUGCCAUGAUCAAAAGAAGAGCCUGGAAAUCAUUUUCCAAGAAAUCAUCAAGGAAAACUGCCCCAAUAUUCUGUAUCCAGAUGGCAAAAUAGAAAUUGAACGCAUCCAUCGAUCUCCUCCUGAAAAAGAUCCCAAGAUGAAAGCUCCCAGGGAUGUCAUAGCCAAAUUCCAGAAUCCCCUGAUCAAAGAGAGAAUACUUCAAGCAGCCAGGAAGAAACAAUUCAAAUACCGUGGAGCAACUGUCAGGAUCACACAGGAUUUGGCACCUUCCACACUGAAGGAGCGGAGGGCUUGGAAUAUGAUAUUCCGGAGGGCAAAAGAGCUCGGAUUACAACCAAGAAUAACCUACCCAGCAAGACUGAGCAUUAUCCUUCAGGGGAGAAGAUGGGCGUACAAUGACAUCGAUGAGUUUCAUGCAUUCCUGAUGAAAAGACCAGAUCUGAACAGGAAAUUUGACCUUCACAAACAAGAUGCCAAGAGGCAUAGAAGGGUAAACAUGAGAGAGUAAGGGGCUCAGUAAAGUUAAAGAGUUUAUGUUCCUAUAUGGAAGAUGAUUCAUGUAAUUCCUAAGAACUUUAUCAUUAUUAGGACAGUUAGAAUAGAAGGAGUCUGCAUAGACAGAGGGUACAGGUAUGAGUCGAUUAUAUGUUGGAAAGAUCUCCAAAAAGUGAAGGGGUGAGAAAGAGGUGAUGCACUGGAAUGAGGGGGAAGGGAGAGGUGGAAGAGGGAAAAUUUUCUCACAUGAAAGGGGCAGGCAAGAAAGAGCUUUUACUGUGUUGGGGAAAAUG